AUGUGUAACAAUGAGGAAGCUGAACAAGCAGCUUUGCCCUACAGGUGGAAACAAACUUUACAAGACGUUGAUGUUACGGUUCCGGUACCGAAGGGAACACGUGCACGAGAUUUAAUAGUUACGAUCAAAAAAAAACAUUUGACUGCGGGAUUGAAAAAUAAUCCACCUAUUGUUGAAGGUGAAUUAUGUAAAGAAGUUAAGAUUGAGGAUUGUACUUGGACGCUUGAGGACCAGAAAGAAAUUUAUAUUCACUUGGAAAAGGUUAACGCUGUAGAAUGGUGGGAGAAUGUUAUCAAAACCCAUCCUCCUAUCGAUACAACAAAAAUUCAGCCUGAAAAUUCUAAAUUAAGUGACUUAGAUGGUGAAACGCGUGCAAUGGUUGAAAAAAUGAUGUUUGAUCAACGUCAGAAACAGAUGGGUAAAAAAACAUCUGAUGAAUUGCAAAAAGAAGAAAUUUUGAAGAAAUUUCAAGCACAACAUCCUGAGCUUGAUUUUUCAAAUGCCAAAAUUUCUUAA